AUGGAAGAAGCAAUCAUGCGACUCGAAGGUGCCGAACACAGAGAAACCAACAACAAUUCUCUGAAGAGAAAGCCAUCAAGAACUUCAUCCACCGCUCCUGGCUCUCCUGGAGGUACAGCCACAGCGAAAUCUGCCUCCGGCGCCGCAUCCGGUGGCUCCACUAUGAGGUACCGAGGCGUGAGGCGUAGGCCAUGGGGUCGGUACGCUGCUGAAAUACGGGACCCGAUGUCGAAGGAGAGACGAUGGCUCGGAACAUUUGAUACGGCGGAGGAAGCAGCUUGCGCAUACGACUGCGCCGCUCGAGCCAUGCGUGGUCUUAAAGCUCGAACCAACUUCGUCUACCCAAUUCCUUCUCUUGACUCUUACCACCACCGUCUUUUCUCGCCUCCUCCGAUGAACAUGUUCCUUCUACGCGACGUAUUAAACUCUCAGCCUCUUUCUCCUUUCGCUUACCCACCUUGUAAUCUCUCUAACGUAAGCGGCCUGGUUCAUGAGUCCUUCACUAACGUUACCGAUAUCUCCGAAGAUCACUCGCCAAAAGCAAAGAGAUCAAGUACCAUCGACAACGAGAGCAUGAUCUCAAUCCUCGAACCAGAACCAGCUGGGUCUGGCCUUCUUCAAGAAAUUGUACAAGGCUUCUUACCAAAACCUUUUUCUCAACAAGAAUCUACACCUCCAACGGCCAACCAGCCAUCGGUUGGUGCUUUUCCAACAAUGCUAGAGACCGGUUUUCAGACAGAUCUUCGUAUACCGGAUCACUUCAACGUCGAAGGAAAUGGUUUCGGCCAGGUCAAAUAUCAUGGGGAGUUGGGUUGGGUUCAAGGCGAGAGUGGGUUUGAUUCAGCUAAGAUGCAGCAGAACGGAAAUGGUGGAACGUUUUAUCAGUAUUGCUUUCAUGAUUAUUAA